GAGGCGAACAGCAUUUGCUUGAACUGAUUCCUGUAUCACAUUCAACUGAUGAACAAGAAGCCUUGUUGACAAGACAAGUUUGUUUGGACUGCAACAAGACAUAAUGGCAAGUCUAAUUUAUAAGCUGCUGACAGUAACAGUUGUACUCAGUGCUGUUCAACUCAUCACUGGUUACAGCUUCAAAAACUGCAUUGAAGACCAAUCCUCAAAUAGAACAAGUUUCACGUGUGCCCGUCGGAAGGAAAAAAAAAUGGCUGCCAUUAUAAAUGACCUACUGCAAUCUGCGGUCAAGCUCAACAUAACUAAUAAUCCUGUGGAGCACAUUCCCAACAACAGCUUUGUUGGUCUACCAAACCUUCAACAUCUCAGAAUAGAUCAGAAUCAACUGAGGAUCAUCGAUGGAUUUGCUUUCCGAAACCUGCAUCAGCUAAAGACUCUUGAUUUGUCUUUUAACAAGAUAUCAAAGCUCCACCCUUUGGUGUUUAAGGGCUUACAGAACCUCACCUUCCUCUCACUGGCAAACAACACAUUAGAGCAGCUCCCUAAAGGCAUUUUCUCAGAUCUUUCCAAUCUGGACACUUUAAUCCUGAACCACAACAAUCUGACAAACUUCACAGGGAUUGUUGAGUCUGUGUCACAUCUAACAAACCUGAAGGAACUAGAUCUUUGCUUUAACAAAUUGACCUCUCUCGACCACUCAAAUGUGUCACUACCCAAAUCCCUCAUUAGAUUAUCUAUAUGUGGAAAUAACCUGUCUACAUUAGGUUGUCAGCAUUCCUUUCUUAGGUCCAUCCAGGUGCUAAAUUUGUCAAACAAUCGUAUGCUUCCGACAACAGCCUUUCAAAAGGUGGAUUUGAGGCAUGUAAACUAUCUGAGUUUGAACUCGACAAGAGUUGAUAUAGUGAAGUUUUUAAAAAUCAGCAAUGUCAAUCCAGGUCACGUUAAUUUCUCUGGCACAGGUCUAAAAAACCCCCACAAGCUCAUAGAGCUAUGCAAAUUGCUAAAGACAAAGGUGAAAUGGAUUAAAAAUUUAAGCCUAGGUUAUAAUGGGAUUAAGAAUCUAACAAACUACACACUGCACUAUUGUCCUAACAUCACAGGAACUCUAGAUCUAUCCCACAACAACCUAACAAAAACAGUUUGUCUGAACUUUCUCGAGAGUCACCCACUAAUAACAAACUUCACUGCAGAGCAUAACCAUCUGACCAGCCUCAAAUCCUGUGAAACACAAAAUAUGGUCCUUUUUAAAAAUAUGCGAGUGCUAAGCUAUCGUUACAAUCGCAUCCUCUCAGUCAAUCCUUAUGCUUUCAAUAAUACGCCAAAUAUAAAUACGCUAAAGCUUAACAUAAAUACGAUUGCUUUUCUCCAUCAUAAAGCUCUAAAAGGUCUUAAAAGACUUGUGACACUCCGGUUGGACCAUAACCUCUUGACUGAUUUGUUUAAGGACACCUUUGAAGAUAAUUCCAACCUGCUAACCCUUAACCUACGCAACAAUCGUAUUGAUGUCAUUUUCGAUGGGACCUUCCACAAUCUCAGGAAUCUGAUUAUAUUGGACUUAGGAGGUAAUAAGAUCGCUAGAUUUCAGCAGUCUGCGCUUGAUGGACUGAAUAGUUUGUCCAAAUUAUAUCUAGAUGGAAACAACCUUAAAAAGAUAGACACUUCCUUCUAUUAUGCGUUUCAAGACACAUUAACAACUCUGGAUUUACAGAGUAAUAUGAUUGACUUCCUUAAUAAAGACAGAGUGAACAUUUCACCAUUUGCGAAUCUUACCAAACUCAGUGAUCUGAAAUUGGAUUCGCAGCGGCCGCAUGGCCUCACUAUUUUACCCCGCACUUUAUUCCGUGGCCUACACUCACUGAGAUCUCUGUAUCUCACCAACAAUAAUAUCUUUUAUCUUGCUCCUGAGUCCUUUGAUGAUCUGACAGGUUUACGUUUUCUCACACUGGAUAACUGCUGUGUUGGGGUGACACAACUGCAACCGGGAGUCUUUAAAAAUCUAAGAAAUUUGACCAAAUUGACUAUAGAAAAUAUGGGUAUUCAGAACAUCACAAAGGAGGUUUUUGGGAAUCUUACACAGUUAAGGACCCUGCAGCUAAACCGCAAUGUGAUGCAGGAUAUUGACGUUGAUGUACUAAAAAGUUUACCUAAACUCAAAUACAUUGACAUACGUAAUAUUCCUUUAAGCUGCACCUGCAAGAAUAACUUGCUGCAAAACUGGACAGUACAUAACCCAGAUGUCCAGGUGGUCUAUCUCUACAAUCUGCCAUGCCCACAUGAUGCAAAACACAGAUUCUACAACUUUAAAACCAAUGUUUGCUACAUGGAUCUUGGCAAGUACCUGUUCUUAAGCACAGCGGUUGUGAUCUUUUUGUUCACAGUCAGUCCUUUACUUUAUGUCAAACUAUAUUGGAAAAUGAAGUAUGGCUAUUAUGUGUUCCGUUCCUGGUUUAGUGAGCAGUGGCGCAGACUCAGAGAGGAGGAGGAAAACUGCAAAUAUGAUGCAUUUAUUUCCUAUAAUUCCUCUGAUGAACAAUGGGUCACGGAGCAGUUAAUGCCCAACCUGGAAGGAAAUGGAUCGUCUUUUAAACUUUGCCUACAUCACAGGGACUUUGAGCUUGGCCGCGAUAUUGUGGAUAACAUCGUCUCUGCUGUAUACAACAGUCGUAAAACUAUUUGUGUGGUGAGCAGGAGUUUCCUAAGAAGUGAGUGGUGUUCUCUGGAAAUCCAACUGGCCAGCUACCGACUCUUCGAUGAACACAGAGAUGUUCUCCUGCUCGUGUUUCUGGAGCCAAUAACAGAGAGGCAAGUGUCGUCCUACCAUCGCAUGAGGAAAGUCAUGUUGAAAAAGACUUAUCUGCAGUGGCCUGGCCCAGACUGCACUAACCCGAUGCAGGCCCAAGAGCUGUUUUGGAGUCAGCUACGUAGGGCGAUGAGAACCGGGAGCAGACUUGAAAAUGAAAAUGACAGUGAAGGUCGUGAAAUAAAAGAAACUGAACGUCUUGAGACUGAAACAUCAGAUGAAAACUAUUACUUGCAACCUUGAAAAGAUUUGACAAUUUAAUUUUUGAUUGUCAACAAACCUCUCUGUACAUUUAAUGAAUAAUCAAAUAUUCUGUUGCUGGGACAGAAUCCUGAGAAUAUGGUGUAAAUGUGUACAGUAAGACUAAUAAUAAGCAUGAAUCAGAAAUGUCAUAUCUUAUGCUCAGUUUAAUUUGAUCUUUAGCAAUGCUAGAUAUUGCACGUCUUUUUUAUUGUUGCACAAUUAUACAAAGGUGUUCCACUGUUUUUAAAUAUAGCCACAUAGAUACAACAAAAUGUCAAAAAGCUUUCACAAUAGCACAGUCUUGGCUAAAUUUCUUUGUAAAGAAUUUGCCCCUAUAACAUCUGUGUCAAAGAAAAUAUCUGUACAGUUCUGCAUAUUAAAAAAAUGUUCCAAUGAUGCAAACAAUACAUAAUUUUGUGUUUCUUUAUCUCAGCAUAAAUGGGACAAAAGAAUGAACGAGGUAACCCUUGAGAUGUCAGCUAUUGCUACUACAUUUGAUACGGUGUUUUUAAUAAAACGUGAGCACCUAA